AUGAAAAGAAACAAAUAUGUGUUUCAAGGAGAUUCUAACGGACGAGGAACCAAUCUAAUAGAUCAGUGGAAACAACUGAAAUACAAUCCUCUAAUUUCAUCUCAAGGAACUUCUAGUAAAGGUUUUUCGAAUACAACUUCUCUGUUACGGUGCAAAGAUUGUGGUUUUAGACAUCGUCCUGGCCCAUGUAUUCGAAUGACCAGCACCUAUUAUAAUUGUGGUCAACGAGGUCAUAUAGCUCGUGAUUGUAAACAAGGGCCAAAAGAUAAUUCUAAAGAUAAAGAGAAGCAAUCUACUGCUGGUGGUCGAGUAUUUACACUAUCUGUUGACAAAUCUACUGCGGGUAUGGUUUCUGAUACCCUUUCUAUUGACGAUAGAAAUGCAUAUGUUUUAUUUGAUACAGGUGCUACACACUCAAUUGUUUUUGAAAACUUUGAAGAAAAUCUUAAAUCGUAUGAACAAUCCACCGAAUUUCCAUUACAUAUUACUACUCCUAUGGGUAGUUCAGUAUGUAUAUUUUGUCAAUUCUCAAACUGUCCAUUAUUUAUUGGCGAUCGAAUUCGGGAAGUUACUUUACUACCGAUGAAAAUGGAUCACUUUGAUAUCAUCCUUGGCAUGGAUUGGUUGUCUAAACAUCGAGUGACCAUCGACUGCAAAGCCAAACAAAUCAUCUUCGGUGACGUCAAUAAAUCCGAAUACGUGUUCCAGGGUGUUUCACCUGAGAAGGGAACUCGUGUUAUCUCAGAAGUAAAUGUUAAAGCAAUGGUAUGGCAAGGAUAUGAACUUCCAGGAGUUCCUCCGGAAAGGGAAAUUGAAUUUACAGUUGAUCUUGUUCCGGGAGCUGCACCUAUAUCAAAGGCUCCGUAUCGUAUGGCUCCGACCGAAAGGAAAGAACUUAAGGAACAACUUGAAGAUCUUUCUAAUCGGGGUUUCAUUCGACCCAGUGUAUCUCUGUGGGGUGCACCAGUCCUAUUCGUUAAGAAGAAAGAUGGAUCAAUGCGAUUGUGUAUUAACUAUCGGGAACUAAAUCGGGUUAUG